CACUUAAUGACCUAAGCAUAGCCCGUUAUAACCUUACUGCCAGUGCACUUUCUUAUGUUCCCACGCAUAUCUUACUUUACAAUGGCACCAGCAACAAUUGUCGAGUCUGAAUCUCCCAUGGAUACAGUCAAUAUCGCGGCGCCUGAGAGGAGUAAUAUAAACCAAUUAAAGCAUGAAGAACACCAAUACCUCGACCUCAUCCGCGAUAUCUUAGAUACGGGCGAACAUCGACCUGACCGAACAGGCACUGGCACACGGUCAAUAUUUGCCCCUCCACAAUUGAAGUUCUCUCUUUCAAAGCCAUCAUCCGACCCUUCAAACCCUACGCUGAUCCUCCCGCUCCUGACCACCAAGCGUGUCUUCCUCAAGGCUGUUGUAGAAGAGCUGCUAUGGUUCGUUGCGGGAUCAACACACUCAAAAACGUUAGCUGAAAAAGGCAUAAAGAUCUGGGAUGGCAAUGGAAGUCGGGCAUACUUGGACUCGGUCGGGCUCGGCCACAGAGAAGAAGGAGAUCUCGGACCCGUAUACGGCUUUCAAUGGCGACAUUUUGGCGCUGAUUACACAGAUGCUCACGCUGAUUAUGCUGGGCAAGGCGUGGACCAGCUUGCCGACGUCAUUGACAAGAUUAAAAACAAGCCGUACGACAGGAGGAUCAUUCUCACCGCCUGGAACCCCGCCGAUUUGAAGAAAAUGGCUUUACCGCCCUGUCAUAUGUUCGCUCAAUUCUACGUUUCCUACCCUGGGACCACCACAGCGACUUCAGACAAGCCAAGAGGACAUCUUCACUGUCUCCUCUACCAACGGUCCUGCGAUAUGGGGCUUGGCGUGCCGUUUAACAUUGCGUCGUAUGCACUCCUCACGCACAUGAUUGCUCACGUAUGCGAUCUGACGCCAGGGAUUUUUACGCACACUAUGGGCGACUCGCAUAUCUAUCUCGAUCAUGUAGACGCAUUGAAAGUCCAGCUGGAACGGGAACCUCGCGACUUCCCGACGCUGCACAUUCGACGAGACGCAGGAGGAAGUAUUGAUGGCUGGGAGGCAGAGGAUUUUGAAGUCAAGGACUAUAAUCCGCACAAGACGAUAAAAAUGACAAUGUCGGUAUAGGGCGAAUUCACGUGCACGUUUAUGUAUGCGGCGUCCAAAGGUCGCUUGUGAGAAAUUAUGGAUGGCUCCUAUCGAGACCUUGGGAGGUAGGUAUACGGUGGCAUAUACCCCAUACUAUAUUCAUGAUCAAAUAUCAAAUGAGAUCUUAUCAUUAGCCGAGAUGUUUGAUGUCCUCCGACGAUUGCUACAGUGAAUCUUUUUCUAAACAGGAAUGGCUUGAUACAAGUAGACAAAAGAACACUAUACAUUAAAUAAAAAUCUAUUAUUCUCG